GAAAACUUCCCGACAGCACCAACCAACUUCUUCGUCCAGAAAGCACCUCUCGCCAGAACGUCCAGCACACGAUGAAGUUCGCGUUUGCAUUCGCCCUGAUCGCGCUGUGCGUGUGCGUUGCGUACGCCCAGACCGACGCCGCCAAGGAUGCGGCCAAGGACGCGAAGGAUAAGGUCCCGGCCGCCCCGGACGCACCGAAGCUGAACAAGGACGCCGUGACGACGCCCGACCCGAAGGAGGCCACCAAAAAGCUGGAGGAUGCGGCCGGCAAAGCCAAGGACCAGGCGGCCGAUAUCGGCAAGAAGCUGACCGAGGGCUUCAAGCUGUAAGCCUCCGUUUCGGUCCCUUUUUUUGUGUCCAGAGAGCCAUGUUAUCACUUUGGGAAGUGGAAUAAAAAACGGUAAUGUACGCUGCGUACGGUAGCGGAGCGU